AUGAAGACUGCUACCAACAUCUAUAUUUUCAACCUUGCCCUGGCGGAUGCCUUGGCAACAAGUACGCUGCCAUUCCAAAGUGUGAAUUACCUCCUGGGAACAUGGCCGUUUGGUACCGCCAUUUGUAAGAUUGUUAUCUCCAUAGAUUACUACAACAUGUUCACAAGUAUUUUCACUCUCUGCACGAUGAGUGUGGAUCGCUACAUAGCAGUUUGCCACCCAGUCAAGGCUCUGGAUUUCCGCACCCCCAGAAAUGCCAAAAUUGUCAACGUCUGUAAUUGGAUUGUUUCUUCAGCCAUCGGCAUCCCAGUUAUGGUGAUGGCAACCACCAAAGAGAGCAAUGGUGAGUAAGGAUUUCACACGCCAUUUCCAGAUGCUCAGUUAUUUCAGCAGUGACAGGAAGGCAGGGAAUGAAGGAGAGAGAAAAACUCAUGCAGAAAUCAAAUUUCUAGGUUAAAUUCCAGUUCCAGUAAAAGUCAGAAAAUUCAGUAGUACAUGUAAUUUACAAUGAAAAAGGGACUUUUCUAUACCUCACACUCACUCAAAUGGGGGACUCAAAAGGCAUCCACCCCCAAAUGGUGAUACUUCCACCCUAGUGAGAACUCUGACAUUUGGUUCACACAUUGAGACACACUGAUUAUGGAAAUGGGAAGUGGAUCUUAAAGGGAGGACAUUUGCAAAUUAAUAUCGAGAAAGAGAGGAAUGAUACCCUUCUAAACAUUAAGGUACUUCCAGAACACCCAGAAGUACGAAAUUUGGUAUACACAUACAUAAAACAUGAGUCACAGUGAUUACUGGGAAUGCAUCAAAAUGGGAUAUUUUAAUACCUAAUGAGAAAUAAUGUUUACCUAAAAACAGAGGCUGACACACUGGCAAAGAACAAGCCAGGCCACAAGUACAAUGCAAAAUAGAGUUGUUGAAGGUUUGUUGGUUCUUCACACACUUCCAUCAAGCUGUGAUUAUGUGGGUAGAAAGAAGAAUUUCUAGAAGCUGCAAAGAACAUUAUGGUUGCAUAAAGGGAGCCUCAUUUAGAAGUAGUGCAUCUACAUUUUAUUUUUAUUUUUUGGCUACAUCUAUCUCUCUUUAUGUAAUCCAUAGAAACUAAGCAGUUUAGGAUACAAUCCUGCACCCACUUUCCUGGGAGUAAUCCGCUUAGAAGACAGUGGGAAUUAUAUCUACAUAAGUACAUAUAAGGUUUUGCUGUUAAUCAAUAAACUAAUCAGCUAAGAAUGGGAUUAUAUCUUGUCUAUUAUAAAGUAAGCCGGACCAUUCCAGUGGGACUUGCUCCCAAGUUAAUGUAUAUAAGUUGUGGUUCAUUUAGUGAUGGAGACCCAGUUUAAGUGGUGGCACUGUGAUUUAAAGGCACACUUUUAUAUUUAGAUUAUUUUAGAAUUAGAUAGAUACUUAUAACAGGGAAUGAAAAAACAAGAUAUUUAACAUGAUAUUUUCUAAUAGCAGUGAAUGACACUUUUUGUUAUUAAAUAGUAAAUUAUCUCCAACUUUCUUUUGCUCCUAACUGGAAGGAAGGAAGGAAGGAAGGAAGGAAGGAAGGAAGGAAGGAGAUAGCUAUGAAUUCCACUAAGCUAUCUAACAGUCAAAACGAUGCUUUUUGCCCAAAACUAUUGCUGGUCAGCUUAAGGAAGCCUAGUUAUGUGAAUCUUACCUAUUUUCUCUUUUUGGAGAAAUGCUUUUAUAUGGAAAAUAGGCUAAUUUAAGCCAACAAGACUCUAUUCAGGGAUAUUUUCCUUGCACAGAAGCACUUUAUCAAGGUCCCUGAUUAUGCAGAGGGUUCUGCUCAUUUUCAAGCAAACAUGAAUAAAACUUCUGCAGACAACUCCCAGUCAACAUGAGAAGUUCAGGAACUGAACAGGCAGACAUACCUAGGGACAUUUGGAGUGGGACUUGUAUGUGUGGCCCUGCCCCUAUUGACCUUUUGAACACUGAAUCUCCCCCCUCCCAAAAAAUUCUAUGUUGUAAACAUCACACUAAAAGUCAGUGAGUUUUCUUACAGGCUCGCACCACAGUAGAAUAUAGUUAUGGCCUUGGAUGGAGGGGGCAAGAGGAAGAACAGGAUUAAAUGUAAAUAAAUAAUUCUCUCAAACCUCAUUUCUUUCUUUUUCUUUUCCUCCUAGGAUCUGUUGAUUGCACACUUAUAUUCUCUCACCCAGCAUGGUAUUGGGAGAACUUGCUGAAAAUCUGUGUUUUCAUCUUUGCCUUCAUCAUGCCUGUCCUAAUUAUCACGGUAUGCUAUGGGCUCAUGAUUUUACGCCUGAAGAGUGUCCGAAUGCUCUCUGGCUCCAAGGAGAAGGACAGGAAUCUUAGAAGGAUCACCAGGAUGGUCCUCGUGGUUGUGGCUGUCUUCAUCGUCUGCUGGACCCCCAUCCAUAUUUACGUUAUCAUUAAAGCCUUGAUCCAUAUCCCAGAAACUACUUUCCAGACCGUCUCCUGGCACUUCUGUAUUGCUUUAGGGUACACAAACAGCUGCCUUAAUCCCGUCCUUUAUGCCUUUCUAGAUGAGAACUUCAAAAGGUGUUUCAGAGAGUUCUGCAUCCCAACAGCUUCAACCAUGGAGCAACAAAACUCCACCCACGUCCGACAAAACACUCGCGAGCAUGCCUCCACCGCCAACACGGUGGAUAGGACUAACCAGCAGGUAUGACUAGCAGUGGAGAUGUCAUCUCUGGAUUCGGGAAUCCCUCCUGGAGAUGACAUGAAUUCUGAAAUUACAGUCUUUACUGAUGUGUAGCUUCUGGAAGAUGUGCCACUCUUUUUGAUUUAUCUUCCCUAGCUGGGGAAACAUGGAAUGAUGAAUCCAGACAUCAUCAGACCCAAUUGGGUUUUGGGAAACUAGAGAGCUCCCAGAUGUACCUUGCAUGGCCAGGCCCUUGUCUGUGUAUCAUUGUGAUAUUUAUUCCAUAGCUGAGAAAGGAGGAGAUGCUUUCAUAGUUUUUGAAGCAACAGAAUGUUUGCUAUUGCUUAACAUUCUAGAACUGUAUAUAUUUUAAGAACUGCCUUGUACCCAGUCAGAAUCAAUAUAACUAAGGUCUAUCAGCCCUUCUAGCACCUGGCCUUACUGCCAGCCCACAGGGCCCUUGAUAGUCCUCCUUCUUUAGACUUCUGACUGGCAAGCAAUAGACUUUCAGUCAAUGCUUUUAGACAUGUCUGCAUCACCAUGAUUCAUACUACAUGAGCAGACCCUGAUGAUCCAUUUUCCUACCAUGGCUUUUGUGAACAAGUAACCCAUAGAAUUGUUUGGUUGUGAUCUCACCUUGAAAUAGCUAUCUAUUUUGCAAUGGGUCAUAUGGAAAUUCACAAUGGGGAGGUGCUUUUGUGAGCAAGCUCAGUUGGGCUGAACUCACAACAAGCCCCCAAUCUUCUGUUGAGUAUUCACAAUUUAUUCAGUAGAGGUAUUCCCGGUGUUCAUUCCAGGGGCAUGUGUGUGUGUGUGUGUGUGUGUUGAGGAAGGGUGUUCUUGGGAAAGAUGCCCUCUGUUGUGCUCCUUGGGCACAAUCCACACAAAUGUUCAGAGGGAAGGAAAAGGCACUUGAAGGAUGUUCUUUCUUCUCUUUGCUCCUGCCACUGCUCAUAAACUUAGAGGGGACAAGUGAAGAGGGAGCAACACCAUGGAGAGGGGGCAGCAGGUCCAGGAUAGAGGACUAGUGUCCAGCAUCUGCCGGUGCCCAACAGUACUUGCCCCAAAAUCCCAGCCCUGUGAACUACCCAAAGUAUAGGUUUGUUUCACCUUCAUUUUGUAAAGAGUAACUGCCAGGGUUGAUGACCACCACAGCUAUCAACCACUCAUGUGAUACACAGAUCCCCCUACUUUCAGAAUUGUUCAAACAGCCCUUUCUCCAAGUCUGGCCCAUAUGUUUUCUUUAUCCUCCAUGGUGACUCUCUUCCUCUUCUUAGUAAUUCCUCCCCUUUGUCCUCCACCACAGACCACAUUUCUGGGGCUCCAUGACAGAUUUUCAUUGUGCAUGCAUGGUGGGCAUUUGCAAUGGUGGUGGAGAAAUCAUUGCAGAAAUAAGGGACAGCUGAUCAGACAGUUAACAAGGUUGCUGUUGGUGAAGAGCAGCAGGAGAAGGGAAUAGAUGCUCCUUUUGCAAGCUGGUUUGGGUCCCCAGAUCUAAAGGUGUCAAGUCUCUCCGACCAAGGCCUGCUCAGAAUUUACCUGAAGUCUAGUUACCAACUCUAAGUAGCAAGCAAAGAUAUCAAGAUCAUUUACAAGUGUUACUUCAUUAUCUUGAGAGGAGCAUUGUGGCUGAUCUGAAAUUCGAUGACUCGGAGGGUGGGAAAAGGCCUCACACUACUAAUAUUGGUAUGGAGAUAUGGUAAACUUACGGAGGCCUCCUAAAUGCCUUAAUGUUUCAACAGGAACUUUGAGUGCCCUUGUCUAACAGAAGUACUCUAAAAUUGGCACAUUAAAGGAAUUUAUGUGCCUGUUUCUAAGAAAAGACCCACUUAGGUGAAAAAUCUAGGAAUAUUUAUGAAGUCCUCCCACUUUGCCUGUGUGGUUUGUUGAACCUUGCCUUGAAAUGGCGACCUGUGGGCACUUGUCUAUAUUGUAAAAUUACAUUCUUAUCUAUAGCAUUCAUAACCACAGAGUUCAGGUGAGUAUGUGUGGUUCUCCCCUCCCCUGCUGCAAUUUAAUCCUCACCACAACAAGUAAGGUAGGUUUGGCUGGAUGGCAUGAUAGGGGACCAGUCCAAGGUGACUCCAUGAGUUUCAUGGCUGAACAAGGAAUUAAACUGAGUCCUCCCACUACUCUAAUUCAGCUCUCCAGCUUUCCAUUUCUCAUUGCAUUCUUCAUUUGAAGUAGUUCUGAGAUUCAGGUUCAAGGCCCGUGUCCUACUGCGGCAGUCCAAAAAUGCCACAUAUGCAUCCUUUCCAGUAUUUAUUUUAGCCGGGAGAUUUUGCCCAAGGUAUUUUAGUAUCUGAGGCAAGUGGUGGGAUGGUAACAACCCCCAAUUCCAUGUACAGAAACUGACUGGUCUGACAGCCAGUUGUGAUUUCAAUACUGGCAAUGGGAUAGUGUCCUUCACUGCACCUGAGCGCAGCAGCCUAGUUUCAGGUGUUUGGGAGAACACUGCAACUAUAAUUCUGAAAUGUGCAGGCUGCACCCCAUCAGAGGAGGUGAUAAUACCUGCAAAUUCUAUCCAAUUCUGGAACAAAAUGAAAAAGAUUUUCUUUUUAUUUUUUAAUGUCAAAUUUCAAAGGUACCCUGCAUGCAAACCCCCUGGAUAUAUCUGCCUACAAUUUGGCAGGUGUGAUUCAAUGGGGGGACAGGGCUGCUAUUCCUGCAAAUUUCAUCUAGUUCUGUGAAAAGAAAAGAAUCACUAUUUUCAGAUUCCCCAUUAUAGUGAAAGUGGGGCCAGGGAAGCUUUAUUGUUAGCAGAUGGAAUUUGGUCCCAAUUAAUGAGUUGAAUUGGAAAGAUACAGAACAGCUCUGAAACAGACCGUACUGCUUCCCAAAGCUACAGAUGCAUGCUAAAUCUUGUGAAUGGCACACACGCUCAUAGGACUGCAGCUCUUCAGAAUGCUCCAAGAUUUAAAAGGAACCCACUGUGUAGGGACAUUCUGGGAUCAUUUCCUUUCAGCUUGCUAUACCUCUUAUUUAUAUGACUCAUUUUCAAAACUGUUCCAUGGCCCUCUAGCAGGUGAAGGAGGAAAUGAGAACUACCUCGUAUUUUUGUUGAAUUUGUUUGUUUUCCCAGCAUUUCAACUUUAAAAAUAAAACCUUAAAAGUGAUGGGGGUGUUUUUACUUAGUAGUAGCAAUGUGAGUCUGCAGUCAGAAACAAAAAAUGCUUAAAUACUACUGAAAUCAACUGGAUUUUAGUGGCCUGAGGAUAGGAUUGUUGUUUAAGACAUUACUGUAAAUAACAUUACAUUCAAAAAUAGGGUCAGGUUUCAAACAAUAGUUUUUCAUCAAUGGCUACAGAAAAGAGAGCAUCUAUUAAUGCAGUCUACAAAGGACCCAUUGAAGCAAAGGAACAAUUGUACUCUGUGUUUGAUAUGUUAUGUAACAUAGUGUGUGUUGUAUUUUUAUAUUCUAUAUAGUCUGGGUUGUGUAGCUCCAAAUCUUCAAUUGGUGUAGGUUAAUGAAACUUUGUUCAACUCGGUGAAGAUAUCAAGAUGAAGCUCUGCCCAGCAUGCCCCAAUCCUCUGGGUAGAAUAUUUCAUUAUUAAGAAUUUCUGAAUUUCUCAACUACAAGUUUGGUAACAUGAACCCACAAGGCAGACACUGGACAGUUGACCAAAAGCUUGUCACAAAGGGAACUGCCAUCUCAGUUUCAAAGUCCAAAUGGAUCUACAAAUGAACUUUUCCCACAAAUCACUCUCAUGUUGGCAUGUUGCUAGAGAAAGCGAAGAUAAUGUUAGAAACAACUUGUGGAGUGUGAAAUGUUGGCAACUGGGGAGAGGGGAGGUUUGCAUGGGUGAGAAGGAGGAAUGGUGGCAGAAUUUGAUUCAGUUCACACUGAAAAACAAAUCCACACUUUCUGAAACAAUAUGAGAACUGAAACUUUAAAAAAACAAAACUCACAAAUUGCUGCAGAAAUGUGGAGAACUGAAUUUAGGAUUGGAAAUUAAGAACAAAAACUGACAGCUCCUUCCAUCCCUAGUGAGAAGUUGUGGGGGAUGCACAGUGUGUGUUGGAGUGGGGUGGGAAUCCCAACAUUUAAAAGGGAUCCACAUUUUGAAUUUAAGAAGCAGAUCCAUUUUGACAACUUCGUAAACAUUGUGGUUCUGUUGGUGGUUAUUAACUUGAAACCUGAAAAGCAAAUAUGUUUCUUUGUGUGCACCUUCAGAUAUUUUCUCCUUUAAUCUUGCAACUGACCAUCUCCUUUCUGGGAUAAUAGGUCACUUCCAACCAGAUGGGCUUUUAGAAAGGUUUUGAGGUAAGAGAGAGAAAUGGCAUCACCCAGCUGAUCUGAGAGACAGUUCCAAGCCUAUGGGGCAGUAGAGUCUUUUGAGGGAAGUGCAACAUGGGAUGCUGCCUUAGAAUGAGUCAGGCCACUUGUGUCCAUCCAACUGAAUAUUGUCCAUGCUGACUGUCACCACUUUCCAAGAUAUCAGAAAAGGCUCUCCCAGCCCUACCUAGAGAUGUUAGGGCUUAAACCUGUGACCUUCUGCAUGCAAAGCUGAUGCCUCACCACUGAGAAGCAGCCCCACCCCAGUCAGGAGAAGUGUCCAUGUCCACUGCUUCUAUUUUCCAUCCUGCAGUUCUGUAUUUUACACUCAUAUACUGUUGUGCAAUUUUUAGCUCAUCCAGUAUCAAAAGGAGUCCAGAGAGGCAGGCUGAUUACCAUUUACACAGGAGUAACUGAGGCUGCAAGAUGAUGGCUUCUCCAUGACUACCAGGGGAGUGAAUGGAAUUUGAAGCUUGGGUCUCCUACCAAGCUAUCUAUUGCCUCGGAUUGGGUUACUUAUUCUAAGAAAAUACAUUAGUGAUGUAUCGGAUACAUUGCAUGUAUUGCAGAGUUGAAGCAUCAAGGUUUACACUGGAACCAGCCUGGGUUCCUCAGACUUCGUUGUUCCAUGUUGUCAUGUGAAAGGGUAUUCCUGCCACCUCAAAAUGACUCCACUCUGAUUUGUCCCCUGAGAAAGGAAUGGCUCGUGCUGAGCAAAUUCGCCCAGCAUCAUUUGCAAGCAGGAGGGUGGAGAAAUUAGCUCAUUUCUUUUCUCUCUCACUGUAUUUCUUUCCUUUCAGUUGGAACUUCUGGAAGCUGAAACUGCACCACUGCCGUGA